AUGUCGCUCUCGACUUUCUGGUACGAACCCGUCAUCAGCGUAUCCGACUUCGACCGUCUCUUCGAAGAGGCGUUCAAUGCACGCACGGCCGGCAACGGCGGCGAAGUCCAGCACUCGUCAGGCGGAGCAUCUAGUCAAGUUCGUCCAAGAAUGGACUUGCACGAUAACAAGGAAACCAAUACUGUCACUGCGACAUUCGAGCUUCCUGGCUUGAAGAAAGAAGACGUCAGUAUCGAAGUGCUCAACAAUCGGCUCACCGUCUCCGGCGAGAGCAAAACCUCGAGCGAGCACGACGAAAACGGCUACACUGUGCGCGAGCGGCGGUUCGGCAAGUUCUUGAGGACGCUCCCAUUGCCACAAGGAAUCAAGGACGGCGACGUCAAGGCGUCGAUGGAGAACGGUGUGUUGACGGUGACGUUCCCGAGAACAACACCAGAAACCGCCCCCAAGAAGAUCAACGUCGCCUGAGUUAAUAAACACAUGUACGGGCAUUCGUUGAUCAACGUUGCUGGCAGUCCAAUGUAUUCUGAAUCAAUAAGUCUGCGAUCGAACAGCGUUAUGCGUAUGAAAU